AUGAAUAUUAUACAACAGUCCACCCCAAUAAAUGCUUCGAGGAAAAUUACUGAGCUUUAUAAAGAACGAACCUCACCAUGUGUAUCAUUGGAAUUUUUCCCACCAAAAACUGAACCUGGUAAAAGGAAUUUGUUAGAUCGUAUUGGUAGAAUGUCUGCCUUAGAACCCUUAUUUGUAACAGUAACAUGGGCAGCAGGUGGAACUGCAGCAGAUAAAACAUUAGAAUUAUCUACUAUUAUUCAACAAGAUCUAAAUAUUCCAGUUUGUAUGCAUUUAACCUGUACCAAUAUGGAUAAAACUAUUAUUGACGAAGCGUUAGAGGUUUGCAAAAGAAUUGGUAUCAGGAAUAUAUUGGCAUUAAGAGGUGAUCCACCAAGCGGUGAUGAUUGGCUAGAUUUUCAAAUGGAUCAAGAAUGUGAUAAUUUCAGAUAUGCAUCAGACUUAGUACGAUAUAUUAAAAAAAAUUACGACGAUUAUUUUUGCAUUGGUGUUGCAGCCUAUCCAGAAGGUCAUUAUGGAACUGACGAUGAUGAUACUGAUGCAGAUAUGGAAAUUAAACAAGAUCCUAUAAAAGAUUUACCAUACUUGAAAGAGAAAAUUGAAGCAGGUGCUGAUUUUGUAAUUACUCAAUUAUUUUACGAUGUUGACAACUUUUUAAAAUUCGAACAGGUAUUUCGUGAACAAAUUCAAAACGAUAGUAUCUUAUUAUUCCCGGGAUUGAUGCCAAUAAAUUCCUUCUUACUAUUCAAUAGAGCAGCGAAACUUUCACAUGCGACUAUUCCUUCUAGCAUAUUAGAUCAAUUUCCUGUAGAAAUCCAAAACGAUGAUAAUAUUGUUAAAUCUAUUGGUAUUAAAAUAUUAAUAAAUAUAAUCGAGGAGAUUUAUGCCAAAACAAAUGGUAGAAUUAAUUGCUUCCAUUUCUUCACCUUAAACUUAGAGAAGGCCAUUGCUCAAAUUGUUGCAAAAUCUACCACAUUGUCAAGUAUAUUAGAAGAUUCUAAUGUUAGCGAUAAUCAUUCUACUAUGCCACAAAUCCAUCGUCAACCACAACCACAAUCACAACUGAAUAAUUUUCCACACACUGUUAGCAAUACUGAAUUGAAUGAAUCUAGGAAUACAGAUAAUGAUGAAGAUCUUAUAUUAAUUGAUGCCGAAGAAGAUAAUAGUAAUAAUAAUCGUGUCACUAAUGGUACUACCAGUACUACUUAUUUAGAGGAAAAUAAAAAGAGAAGAAGAAGAAGAUCGAGUUCAACUAUAAACUAUAAUGAUAAUGACGAUAACUCUAGAACUACUAUUAAUCGAAAUUCCAUUCCACAUAAUAUGAACUCCACGUCUAAUGCAAUUAAUAUAAAUCAUUCAAAUAUGCCAUCGAGAAAAGUAUUGAUAUCUAUUUCGCAAGGUUCUGGUACUCUUGGACGUAAUGCUACAUGGGAUGAAUUUCCAAAUGGUAGAUUUGGUGACUCUAGAUCACCUGCGUAUGGUGAGAUUGAUGGUUAUGGUCCAAGUUUAAAAGUUAGUUAUAAAAAAGCCAUUGAAUUAUGGGGGAAGCCAUUGAAUUUCGAUGAUAUUAAGAAUAUAUUUAUUAAAUAUUUAGAAGGAUCAAUUGAUUCGUUACCUUGGAGUGAUUUAGGUCUUUCACCUGAAACUGGCUUAAUUCAAGAAGAAUUGAUUGAAUUAAAUGAAAUGGGAUAUUUAACAUUGUCAUCUCAACCUGCUACAAAUGGUACAUCAAGCACAGAUAAAAUAUUUGGUUGGGGUCCAGCGCAUGGUGUUGUUUAUCAAAAGGCAUUUAUUGAAAUGUUUAUAUCAAAGAAUCAAUGGGAUACGAUUUUAAAACCAAAAUUAGAUAGAUAUGGAUCGAGUAAAUAUACCUAUUAUGUUGGGGAUGUGAAUGGUAAAUUUGAUAGUCAUCAAACUUAUGAUAGCGAAAAUAAUGAAUAUCCAAAUGGAAAUAGUGAUGGAAGUUCUUCGGUUGUAACAUGGGGUGUUUUUCCCAACAGUGAAAUUAUUCAAAGUACAAUUAUUGAAGAGGAAUCAUUUAAGGCGUGGAGGGAUGAAGCAUUUGCAAUUUGGCUAGAAUGGAUUAAACUAUUCCCAAUUAAUUCUCCUACUCGUAUUUUUUUGAACAAGUUGCGUAAUGAGUUUUGUUUGGUAUCUAUUGUUCAUCACGAUUUUAUCAAGACGGAUGAGUUAUGGGAAAUGCUAUUAGAAUAG